GUCAGAGUGUCAGUACUGUCACUGUCAAAUCAAUGUUGUCUUGAAUUUUUCAUACAUAAAAAGAAAAUAUUCAAAUUUAUAAAUACUUAACAAGUUUUUUUAGAUUUAAAUCACAUCUAAAUAUCUUAAGGAAUAUCCACAAUUUUAAAAAGCUGAUAUGGCUUUACUUGUCACAUGUCUCAGAACCUCCCCAAGAUUUCCUAAAUUAUCCCAAAACCUAAUCAGACAACUAGGUACCAUAGACCAUCAGGAGGUGAAGCAAUUUGACCAAAUGAGCACAGAGUGGUGGAGUGAGUCAGGUGGUGUCCGACCACUACACACCAUGAACAAACUAAGAAUCCCUAUGAUUAGAGACGGAUUAAUUAACGAAGGAGCUGUCCCACUGAUAAAUGCAGAUUCCGCCACCCCCCUUAAGGGUCUAUCUAUAUUAGAUGUCGGAUGUGGAGGUGGAAUAAUGACAGAGGCUUUAGCCAGAUUGGGGGCUACUGUUACAGGUAUAGAUGCCUCACCGAAAAUUAUAGAUGUUGCUAAACAGCAUGCUGCAGAAAGCCAGUUAAAUAUAAAUUAUAUUGCAACUUCAAUAGAGGAAUAUGGUAAACUGAAUUCUGAAAAAUUUGAUGCUGUGGCUGCCUCUGAAAUUAUAGAACAUGUAACUGAAAAAGAAAAAUUUCUCUCGGCAUGUUCUACUUGUUUAAAACCUUCUGGUUCAAUUUUUGUGACAACAAUAAAUAAGACAUUUAUGUCAGAGUUAAUCGCUAUUUAUUUUGCCGAAAAUAUACUGGAAAUGAUCCCAAAAGGCACCCACCAUAUUGAUAAAUGUAUUGAACCUCAUAAACUUCAAAGGAUUCUGGAAGAUAAUAAUUUGAGGACAAAACUGGUACACGGGAUGUGUUAUAAUUUCAUCACUAAUAAUUGGAGUUGGAGUUCAAAUAAGUCAAUUAGUUAUGGUAUACAUGCAGUAAAAAUAAAGAACUAAUAACAAAAA